UGGCUGUCGAUGUAUCAGGGGUAGAGACGUUUCGUUUGGUGACUGUAACAGAAACUGGGGAUGAAUCAGGGGUAGCGACGUGUCCUCCUGUGACUGUAACAGAGACUGGGGAUGUAUCAGGGGUAGUGACAUGUCGUCUCGUGACUGUAACAGAGAAUGGGGAUGUAUCAGGAGUAGCGACGUGUCGUCAUGUUACUGUUCCAGUGGCUGGGGAUGUAUCAGGGGUAGAGACGUUUCGUCUGGUGACUGUAACAGAAACUGUGGAAGUAUCAGGGGUAGUGACGUGUCGUCUCGUGACUGUAACAGAGACUAGGGCUGUAUUAGGGGUAGAGACGUGUCGUCUGGGGACUGGAACAGAGACUAGGAAUGUAUCAGGGAUAGAGACGUGUCGUCUGGUUACUGUAACAAAGACUAGGGAUGUAUCAGGGGUAGUGACGUGUCGUCUGCUCACUGUAACAGAAACUGGAGAUGUAUCAGGGAAAGUGACGUGUCGUCUGGUGACUGUAACAGAGACUGGGGAUGUAUCAGGGGUAGUGACGUGUCGUCUGCUCACCGUAACAGAAACUGGAGAUGUAUCAGGGAAAGUGACGUGUCGUCUGGUGACUGUAACAGAGACAGGGGAUGUAUCAGUGGUAGAGACGUGUCGUUCGGUGACUGUAACAAAGACUAGGGAGGUAUCAAGGGUAGUGACGUAUCGUCUGGUGACUGUAACAGAGAAUGUGGAUGUAUCAGGAGUAGCGACGUGUCGUCAUGUUACUGUUCCAGUGGCUGGGGAUGUAUCAGGGGUAGAGACGUUUCGUCUGGUGACUACUAGGGAUGUAUUAGGGGUAGAGACGUGUCGUCUGGAGACUGUAACUGAGACUGGGAAUGUAUCAGGAGAAGAGAAGUGUCGUCUUGUUACUGUUCCAGUGGCUGGGGAUGUAUCAGGGGUAGAAACGUUUCGUUUGGUGACUGUAACAGAAACUGGGGAUGUAUCAGGGGUAGUGACAUGUCGUCUGGUGACUGAAACAGAGAAUGGGGAUGUCUCAGGAGUAGCGACGUGUCGUCAUGUUACUGUUCCAGUGGCUGGGGAUGUAUCAGGGGUAGAGACGUUUCGUCUGGUGACUGUAACAGAAACUGUGGAAGUAUCAGGGGUAGUGACGUGUCGUCUGGCGACUGUAACAAAGACUAGGGAUGUAUCAGGGGUAGAGACGUGUCGUCUGGAGACUGUAACAGAGACUAGGGAUGUAUCAGGAGAAGAGACGUGUCGUCUUGUUACUGUUCAAGUGGCUGUGGAUGUAUCAGGGGUAGAGACGUGUCGUCUGAUAACUGUAACAGAGACUGGAGAUGUAUCAGGGGUAGUGACGUGUCGUCUGGUGACUGUAACAGAGACAGGGGAUGUAUCAGGGGUAGAGACGUGUCGUCUGGUGACUGUAACAGAGACUAGGAAUGUAUCAGGGAUAGAGACGUGUCGUCUGGUGACUGUAACAGAGACAAGGGAUGUAUCAGGGAUAGAUACGUGUCGUCUGAGACUGGAGAUGUAUCUAACAGAGACUAGGAAUGUAUCAGGGAUAGAGACGUGUCGUCUGGUGACUGUAACAAAGACUAGGGAUGUAUCAGGGGGAGAGAGGUGUCGUCUGGAGACUGUAACAGAGACUAGGGAUGUAUCAGGAGAAGAGACGUGUCGUUUUGUUACUGUUCCUGUGGCUGGGGGUGUAUCAGGGGUAGAGAAGUGUCGUCUGGUAACUGUAACAGAGACUGGAGAUGUAUCAGGGGUAGAGACGUGUAGUCUGGUGACUGUAACAGAGACUGGAGAUGUAUCAGAGGUAGAGACGUGUCGUCAUGUGACUGUAACAGAGACUGGGGAUGUAUCAGGGGUAGAGACGUGUCGUCUGGUGACUGUAACAGAGACUGGGGAUGUAUCAGGGGUAGAGACAUGUCGUCUGGUGACUGUAACAGAGACUGGAGAUAUAUCAGGGGUAGAGACGUGUCGUCUGGUGACUGUAACAGAGACUGGAGAUGUAUCAGCGGUAGAGACGUGUCGUCCGGUGACUGUAACAGAGACUGGCGAUGUAUCAGAGGUAGAGACGUGUCGUCCGGUGACUGUAACAGAGAAUAGAGAUGUAUCAGCGGUAGAGACGUGUCGUCUGGUGACUGUAACUGAAACUUGGGAUGUAUCAGGGGUAGGGACGUGUCUUUCAGUGACUGUAACAGAUACUUUGGAUAUAUCAGGGGUAGAGACGUGUCGUCUGGUGACUGUUACAGAAACUGGGGAUGUAUCAGGGGUAGAGACGUGUCGUCUGGUGACUGUAACAGAGACUGGGGAUGUGUUAGGGGUAGAGACGUAUCGUCUGGUGACUGUAACAGAGAAUGUGGAUGUAUCAGGAGUAGCGACGUGUCGUCAUGUUACUGUUCCAGUGGCUGGCGAUGUAUCAGGGGUAGAGACGUUUCGUCUGGUGACUGUUACAGAAACUGUGGAAGUAUCAGGGGUAGUGACGUGUCGUCUCGUGACUUUAACAGAGACUGGGGAUGUAUUAGGGGUAGUGACGUGUCGUCUCGUGACUGUAACAGAGACUGGGUAUAUAUCAGGGGUAGAGACGUGUCGUCCGGUAACUGUAAAUGUAUCAGGGGUAGAGACGUGUCGUCUGGUGACUGUAACAGAGACUGGAUAUGUUUCAGGGAUAGAGACGUGUCGUCUGGUGACUGUAACAGAAACUGGGGAUGAAUCAGUGGUAGGGACGUGUCGUCUUGUGACUGUAACAGAGAGUGGGGAUGUAUCAGGGGUAAAGACGUGUCGUCCGGUGACUGUAACCGAGACUGGAGAUGUAUCAGGGGUAGAGACGGGUCGUCUGGUGACUGUAACAGAGACGGGGAUGUAUCAGGGAUACUGGGAUGUAUCAGGGGUAGAGACGUUUCGUCCGGUGACUGUAACAGAAACUGGGGAUGAAUCAGUGGUAGUGACGUGUCGUCUUGUGACUGUAACAGAGACUGGGGAUGUAUCAGGGGUAAAGACGUGUCGUCCGGUGACUGUAACAGAGACUGAAGAUGUAUCAGGGGUAGAGACGUGUCGUCCAGUGACUGUAACAGAGAAUGGAGAUGUAUCAGGGGUAGAGACGUGUCGUCUGGUGACUGUUACUGAACUUGGGAUGUAUCAGGGUGGCUGGGGAUGUAUCAGGAGUAGAGACGUUUCGUCUGGUGACUGUAACAGAAACCUUGGAGGUAUCAGGGGUAGUGACGUGUCGUCUCGUGACUGUAACAGAGACUGGGGAUGUAUUAGAGAGACAGGGGAUGUCUCAGGGGUAGUGACGUGUCGUCUGGUGACUGUAAUAGAGACUGGGAAUAUAUCAGGGGUAGAGACGUGUCGGCUGGUGACUGUAACAGAGACAGGGGAUGUAUCAGGGAUAUUGACGUGUCGUCUGCUGAUUGUAACAGAGACUGGGGAUGUAUCAAGUGUUGAGAGGUGUCGUCUGGUCACUGUAACAGAAACUGGAGAUGUAUCAGGGAUAGUGACGUGUCGUCUGGUGACUGUUCCCGUUGCAGGGGAUGUAUCAGGGGUAGAGACGUUACGUCUGGUGACUGUAACAGAAACUGGAGAUGUAUCAGGGAUAGUGACGUGUCGUCUGGUGACUUUAACAGAGACUGGGGAUGUAUCACGUGUUGAGACGUGUCGUCUGGUGACUGUUACAGAGACAGGGGUUGUAUCAGGGGUAGUGACGUGUCGUCUGGUGACUGUAAUAGAAACUGGAGAUGUAUCAGGGGUAGAGAGGUGUCGUCAGGUGACUGUAACAAAGACUAGGGAUGUAUCAGGGGUAGAAACGUGUCGCCCGGUGACUGAAACAGAGACUGGAGAUGGAUCAGGGGUAGUGACGUGUCGUCUGGUGACUUUAACAGAGACAGGGGAUGAAUCAUGGGUAGAGACGUUUCGUCUGGUCACUGUAACAGAAACUGGAGAUGUAUCAGGGAAAGUGACAUGUCGUCUGGUGACUGUAACAGAGACGGGGAUGUAUCAGGGGUAG